AUGAUAAGACUGAUUUAUAUGUUUGUGUGUUUUGGAAUGGUACUAGGUCAAGAUCUAGAUGUAAUGAAUGGUUAUAAUUUUGAUGUAAUGAAAAACUGGCGAAAUGAUUGUUCUAAGAUGGCCAUUCAAGAACUAAUCCCCCAAUGUUACGAUGGUAUUGAGUCAAUUUCUCCUGAGCAACAGAAGAAUUUAGCUGUCGAAUUAUCUAUUUGUGAGUUUGAGAAUGCUAAUAUUCGCUAUCCAAUAGUUUGUAAAGAACGGAAGAUUGACGACUGUAUAAAAUCCUUGGAAAAAUCACCUCAAUUUUGGACUACAUUUAGUGGCUACUAUCGUGAGGUUAAGACAAUAUGUCAUGAGCUUAGUUUACCAUUUGAAAAAGAUCAAAUACUAGUGGUUUAUGAGAAUAUAACAGAACUUUAUAAGCAGUUAAUUCAGGACUUGAAAUCAUCCAGCAAGCAAUCUGAACAAGCCCAAAACAUAUUAAAAACGAAAUUCGAAAAGUUGAUCAAGAUAGUAGACUCAAUAAUAAUAGAUCGAGACAAACAAAGAGAUAAUUUAAAUCACACAUUUGUCAUGUUUCAGGAAAAUUUCGAGAGCUCAUUGAAUAAUGCAGUAGCUGUGCUACAGCAAUCAUAUAAUGGAGCAAAUACUAAUAUCAAAGAAAUGGAACAGCAUUUGAAUUACUUUGCACAAGAUAUUCUUCAAGUUCAUUCUUUUAUAAGAGACAGAAUCGAUGAUCUUCAGUUACAACAAGAUAAAAUACAAGACAAUAACGAUCAAAUAUACAUGAAAACAGAGAAUACACUAGGAAAACUCGAAACCAUAAAUAAGAACAUCGAUGAGAUGAAUGAAUUGAAUAAAAAUAUUGCAAAAGGAAUGCAGAAUCAUUUAGAGUAUUCGGAAUUUUCUGUUUUGCAGCUAAACCACCAUAUUCAACAAAGUAUUAACGAUAUAGAACUACAAAGAAAAUAUAUUACCUUACAAGGUCCUGUAAUUCUUGAAAAGAUUGCUGAAGUAUUUGUGCAACAGUUAAAUCAUUCAGCAACAGAUAUAGUUGAGUCUUUGGGAUAUGCUAUGAAUACUACGUUAGAAAAAAUUAAUAAUAAAAUGAAAGAGACGGAAGUAUCGCUCGAUAAUAUUAAUACAAAAGCUCAAAAGUUUGCAAGCUUAAUUGAAUCUGUAACGGGAUAUUUGGUCAACUUUGCUAAUGUUCCUAAAAUGUUCAAAACUAUGGCUUCAAAUACUAUGAAAAAAGUAAGCUUUUUAAAAGACCUGAUUACCAGCGUUCUAUUUGUCUUUUUUUUAAUUAUCGUGAUGUCAUUUUUCAAGCUGUCAGGCUUUCUUCCAUGGAAAAUAUGUUCCCGAUUGUGUUCGGAAUUUGUAUUCAUCCUUGCACCAGCGUUUAUUGGAAUUAUAUUUGCUGCAGUAAUCUUAGUCACAUUGAAAUAUGACAAAUAUGAGGAUAGUGGUGAAUAG